AAAUAUUGUUUUUGCCUAGAACCCACAAUGAAAUUCUCAUCAAUUGUUACUUCCACGAUUCUCCUAUUCCUUCUCAUACCACUGGCUAGUUGUGUUCUGAACUCAGAUAGACAGGCUCUUCUGGACUUCAUCUCGGCUAUUCAUCACGACUUUAGACUGGAUUGGAAUUCUAGUCUCCCAGUUUGUAGCUCUUGGUUGGGCAUUUCCUGCAACAAAGAGGCCACGAGAGUAACUGCUAUUCAUCUUCCAGGCAUGGGUUUAAGGGGAUCAAUCCCAUUGAAUAGUAUUGGUAAGAUGGAUUCUCUUAAAGCUCUCAGUCUUCGGUCUAACCAUCUCAAUGGAACUCUUCCUUCUGAUAUCUCUUCAAUUCUCUCGCUCCAACAGGUGCAUCUUGAACAUAAUAAUUUCUCUGGCCAAAUUCCGCCUUUCUAUUCUGAUAAACUGAGAGAUUUAGACAUGUCUUUUAACUCCUUCAGCGGUACAAUCCCAAAUAUCAACAUCACAAGACUUAGACAUCUGAAUUUGAGUCAUAACAUGCUUACUGGUACAAUUCCAGACCCACUUCAGGAAUUCCCUGCAUCUUCCUUUUUGGGUAAUUCAUUUGUAUGUGGGCCUCCACUUGAAAACUGUUCUUCUCCUUCUCCAGUUCCUGCUGUUGUUUCCCCACCCAAACAGGUCUCUAGAACACGAAAGAGGCUUGGGAAUGGCGUUAUUGUUUCUAUUGCAAUAGGGAGUUUAUCAUUUUCAUUCAUUUUACUUCUGUUAAUCUUUUUUCAUUAUCCAAAACCAAGAAGCGCACGUGUUUGCGAUGAACCGUCAGCAAGAAGGAUGGAAGUUCCUAAUGAAUCGAGUCUGAGUACUACUACUAAACCCCAAGAAGAGAGCAAGAAGCUGGUAUUCUUUGAAGGAUGUCCGUAUACAUUCAUAAUCGAGGACUUACUAGGGGCUCCUGCUGAAGUUCUUGGGAAAGGAACGUAUGGAACUGUAUACAGAACCAUCUUUCAUGAAGGAACGGUGAUGGUAGUAAAAAGACUGAAGGAUGUUUUGAUUGACAAGAAGUCUUUUGAAGAGCGGAUGGAUUUUCUUGGUUCGUUUGAAGAACAUCCUAACUUACUUUCUCUCCGAGGCUACAGCUACUCUGUCGACAACAAGCUCUUAGUUUACGACUACAUAGCUGAUGGAAGCUUGGCUGCUCGCAUGCAUGGUGAUAGGAAAAGAAGUAGCAGUCCAUUAGAUUGGAAGGCUAGAUUGAACAUUGCAAUUGGAACAGCAAGAGGAAUAUCCCAUAUACAUUCAAAAGGAGGUGACAAAGGCAAGAAGAUUACACCACAUGGAAACAUAAAGGCAGCAAAUGUUCUCCUGACAAAAGACAACGAAUCUGGAAUUGUGUGUGAUUUCGGGUUGCUUUGCAUAACGCGUUCUCCUAAAGGAAGAACAUCGCGUCCAGGAUACUAUGCUCCUGAGAUGGUUGUGUACGAAAGAGCAACGAGUAAAACAGAUGUGUACAGCUUUGGAGUAGUGUUGCUGGAGAUUUUGACUGGUAGGUGUCCAUUGAGAGUGUUGGGAAUGGAGAAGAAUAGUUGUAUGUCUGAUUUGGUGGAGUGGGUACAAUCGGUUGUAAUGGAAGAUUGGACCUGUGAGGUUUUCGAUGCUUGGCUGCUGGCUCAGAAAUGUAUAGAAGAAUAUGAAGAAGAGAUGGUGCAAAUGCUGCAGAUUGCACUUGCAUGUGUUGCUAGGUUACCUGAUUCAAGACCCACAAUGCAACAAGUUGUUAGCAUGUUGGAAGAAAUCUAAGAAAUUACUUCUUUUUUUUGCUUAUUAGAAAAAGCUAACUAGCCAGCCUUGUGUUUUGGUUCUUUAACAGAAAGAAUUUUGUAUAUAGAUGAUAGAUGAUGCAUAUAUAGUCAAAACUCAAAACAUUACUAGUUUCAAACUUUCAA